CUUUUCAUGUGGUGCCUUGAAAAUCACGUCGAUCCGCAUCUGUUGAGCAAAUUUAGUGACACUGAUAACAAAUCAAAAAAAUCUCAAUGCCAAUUAUACGCUUGGAAUCUUCCGAUAAGGAAAUUUUUGAUACCGAUAUCGAAAUUGCCAAAUGUUCGGAAACUAUUAAGACGGCACUUGAAGAUUUGGGUGACGAAAGCGACAAUAGUGUGCUACCCCUGCCCAAUGUAAACUCGACCAUAUUGCGCAAGGUGCUCCACUGGGCUACCUAUCAUGCCCAAGACGAUCCGCAGCAGCCCCAGGAGGAUGAGAACAAGGAAAAGCGCACAGACGAUAUUUCAUCCUGGGAUGCUGACUUUCUUAAAGUCGACCAAGGCACCUUGUUCGAGCUCAUUCUGGCCGCAAACUAUUUGAACAUCCAGGGCCUAUUGGAUGUCACCUGCAAAACGUGCGCCAAUAUGAUCAAGGGCAAAUCGCUUCAGGAUAUUCGCGAGACGUUCGCCAUAGCCAACGACUUUUCUCCAGCUGAGGAAGAGCAGGUGCGCAAGGAGAACGAAUGGUGCGAAGAGAAAUAAUAAGUGAGCGCAGUCUUUAA